AUGAAAAAGUUGACCAGACAAGAAGAGCAUCUGGGCCAGUUGUUUGAGGAAAUGGAACAGCAAAUGGCACAGGAGAAAGAACGCAUUCUGGAAGAGGAGCGAAACAAGGAACGGAAAUUGAGAGAAGGUUUGGCAAACGAGUUACGACGAAAGGAAAGUUUGGCCUCCGAGAUGCUCCAACAAUACGAACAGGCCAGAACAAAGUUGGACGACCUGGAAAAAAUUCGCAUGAAUACUGUGCAAGAGAAAGAGCGUUUGCUACACGAGAAGGCGGAAUUGGAACAACGCUUGACCGAGACGGAAUCGGCCUUGAACGACUGUAAGGAUUAUAUUGAAAUGCUGCAGAAGAAAGCACGGGAAGAUCGUCGAACACGAGCCAAGGCGGCGAUAGAACUCAGUGAGAAUAUCGCACUUGAGCGAGAGAAUCUUGUACGUCAGUUGGACACACUGAGAUUAAUCAACCAAAAGCUUGUGGACGAUCGUGAAGAACGACGACAGCGUUAUUUGGCUUAUCUCAGGCAUCAACCUCAGCAGGAGUCGGGUGUCAAUUCUUCGGAAGGAGGUAGACAAGGAAUGCAGAUUGUCGAAGAACCAGUUGACCGAUCUAGUUCCGAGAUGGAAUUUGAUGGUGAUCCAACUGGAAUGCAGAUCGACAGUGUGAAUAGCAUGCCCGCGUGGGCUUCCAUCCGUGUCACUGCGCACAAUACAGCAAGUCGGGCUGCUGAGGCUGCUCGCAGAGGAUCAAUUCUUGGAGCAUAUUUCAAUGCCGGGUAA